AUCGACCCCUCGGGCCACCUCUGUGCCUUCUUCGGCUUCAGCAUGACCAUCUUCGGCCUCUGCCCGCUCUUCAUCGCCAGCGCCAUGGCCGUGGAGAGGACGCUGGCCAUCCGUGCGCCCCACUGGUACGCCAGCCACAUGAAGACGCGGGUGACGAAGGCGGUGCUGCUCGGCAUCUGGCUGGCCGUGUUUGCGUUCGCCCUCCUGCCCAUCGCCGGCCUGGGCCAGUACACGCUGCAGUGGCCCGGCACCUGGUGCUUCAUCAGCACCAUCGACAGCCAGCUCACCGGGAGCCUCUUCUUCGCCUCCACCUUUGCUGUCCUGGGGCUUCUCUCCCUUGUGGUGACGGUGGCGUGCAACCUGGCCACCAUCGAGGCCUUGGUGUCUCGCUGUCGGACCAAAGCGACUGCAUCGCGCUCCAGCAAGCAGUGGGGGCGAAUCGCCAUGGAGACACUGAUCCAGCUCUUGGGGAUCAUGUGUGUCCUCUCAGCCUGCUGGUCACCGCUGCUGAUAACGAUGUUGAAGAUGAUCUUCAGCCAUACAUCAUUUGAACACUGCAAGGGAUUCUCCAGUGAAGCCCAAAGCUCAGAAAUGCGCAAGGAAUGCAAUUUCUUCUUGACAGCUGUGCGUUUAGCCUCACUAAACCAGAUACUGGAUCCAUGGGUUUACUUGCUGCUCAGAAAGAUCCUCCUCCAGAAGUUCUGUCAAGCAGCCAGCGCUGUCUCCAAGUGCUCUAACAAUGAGUGGAAAGAGAGAUCAAUCACCUUGUCAGAGGAAAUCCGACGGACAACGGCAUGA